AUGAUGGUUGUUAAAGAUACCCCAGAGAGGGUGGUUUGGAUAAAUUUUGACCAAGCUAAGAAAUACGAUGAAGGUCAACUCACUGCCAAACAAAAGGAUCUUAUUGAGCAGGAGGAAGAGGUUGUCGUUGAUUUCACAAUAUGUCUGACAGCUGAUCAUGAGAAAGGGAAGGCGGAUGAAUCACGCAUCUUUUUCUACGCGUAG